AUGUGCUUCCAGAUUAUACCCCUCUGUCCAGCCUGCGAGGAGCCCAGCGGCCUCGGCGAGGAGAUCAUCUACGCUGAGGACGUCUGCGCAGGCCACUGUACAUCCGAUACCGUCUGCGGGACCACGACACGUCUCAUGACACAGCGCGAGGUCGACAACCCGGACUUUGAGUGCCUCACCCCUGGCUGCGUCAACGUGCGCAGCGGCAUGUCGCUGGCCGAGGAGGAAGCCGAGGUGCAGGCCGCGCGGGACCAUGCCAGGCAGUUUCUUCGCGACAGGUACCAGAACUGCCUGUCGCUGUGCAUUCUCCCGUUCUAUGAUCCGCCGGAGUCACCGUUCCAGACUCACUACGACUCGGACCCUGUUGAGAUCUAUGUGGCCCCUAUGGCGAAGCCCAAUGCCGUCCGACGUCGACAGGACAGGCCUUGGUCAAAGAAACGUGGCAAGCCUUGGGGUCCUGAGGAGGAGGCAAUUCUCUGGAAACUGCGACGAAAGGGCAUGGAGUUUGACGACAUCGCAAAACAGAUUGACCGGACAGAGCGAGGUUGUUACGACCGGUUUAACAAACUCCGGAACGAAGGCUACGGGCGACGUUAG